AUGGAGGUACCAGUCCCCAGCCACACCACCACGGCAAGGAACACAGAGCCCUCCAACACCAUCAAACUGCCGCACCUGCUUUGCCUCUCCACCUCCUGGGGAAUGCAGAUCUGGGUGACGUUUCUGCUCUCCCCUCUUGCAGGGUUUGUGCUGAGCAGCCACCUCCCUCGCCGCGCCUCCGGCUUCAUCCGGCACAUGCUCUUUCCCUGCUACUUCCACAUUGGCUGUCUUUGUGCCUUCUUCAGCCUGAGUCUUUUUGACAUGUGCCGCCCCAGCGAGCUGCUCAGUGAUGAACAACAGGCCCAGCUCAUCCUCUUCAUCGUUUGUGUGGCUGCCUCACUGCUGAACAUGAAGUGGUUUGGGAGGGUCACCUCUGAGACCACAGCAGCCAUGCACCGUGCGGAGCGCACCUGCGGCCUUGACCGGGACAACCCUGAGUCCUGCGAGCUGCUGCGUGCCUUAAACCCCACCUACAAGCAGCUGUCCCAGAAGUUCACCCUCUACCAUGCUCUCUCUUCCCUCUGCAACUUCUAUUGCAUCGUGUGUAAUGGACUGAGCCUCUACAACGUGGCUGCUGCUCUCCCUGCCCUGUGA